AGUGGUGCACUGACGAACGUAUAGCGCGUGCAACAUAUACUAUAGGGGAGGGGGCGUGUCCCGUCAGCACUAUACCAAGACCCUCCAUUAUAGGAAAGACGUCCAGCUCACAGGUCGAGUCCAGCUGGGUAUGUCUUCAGACUUUUAAAGAUCCGCAGUUGUUUAAUUCCCCAGCUGAAAGGCAUCAGCGAAAGUCUCCGCGCAUCCACCUGGAACCUGCCUGUCUGCCUCCCUGACGUCGCGCGGAGCCAAAGAACGGGGGGUGGAGACUUGAGUCCUGAAGAGCGUGCGCCCACAGUAACGCAGCAGCAGUAAACAUGGCGGCCUCCUUGCUGAAGAUCGGACGGCUCGGCGCACUGAAGUGUGUGCAGGCGGAGAGCUGGGCGGUCCUGAGACGCGCUCCAUCCUCUGCACUCAGUUCCAAGUCUGGAGACAACAAGAAUUCCAAGAAAAAGUCAAAAGAGGUGGCGUCUCGGACCUACUUUGAUCUAGAGAAAAUGGUCCAGCACAGAACGCUGGUGGAUUUCCCCAAGAAGGAGAUCUUGGCGGCCGCGGCCGAAGUAGCUGCUAAAUCACCGGUGGCCGAGCCCGUAGCCGAGGUCGCCGCUGCCACCGCCACUGCCACAGAAGCAGCACCUGAGGCCACUGUCGCCGCCGCUGAAGCAGUCGCAGAAGCCUCACCUGUUGUAGAAGUCGCUGCCCCCGUUGUUGAGGCCGCUGCCCCUGAAGCUGCCGCCCCUGUUGUUGAGGCCGCCGCCCCUGAAGUUGCUCCAGUAGAAGUCGCUGCCCCUGUUGUUGAGGCUGCUGAAGUUGCCCCUGUUGUUGAGGCUGCUGAAGUUGCUCCCGUAGAAGCUGCUGCUCCUGUUGUUGAGGCUACCCCAGCAGAAGUUGCUCCAGUUGUUGAGGCUGCCGCAGCUGAAGUUGCCCCCGUUGUUGAGGCAGCUGAAGUUGCCCCCGUUGUUGAGGCUGCUCCCGUUGUUGAGGCUGCCGCAGCUGAAGUUGCUCCCGUUGUUGAGGCAGCCGCAGCUGAAGUUGCUCCAGUAGACGUCGCUGCCCCAGUUGUUGAGGCUGUCGCAGCUGAAGUUGCUGAAGUUGCCCCAGUUGUUGAGGCCGCCGCAGCUGAAGUUGCCCCAGUUGUUGAGGCUGUCGCAGCUGAAGUUGCCCCCGUUGUUGAGGCAGCUGAAGUUGCCCCAGUUGUUGAGGCUGCCGCCCCUGAAGUUGCUGCAGCUGAAGUUGCUCCAGUAGAAGCUGAGGUUGCCCCCGUUGUUGAGGCUGCCGCAGCUGAAGUUGCCCCUGAAGUGGUUGCAGAAGCCCCUGCUGCAGAAGCUGCCCCGGCUGUUGAAGCAGCUGCAGAAACUGCCCCUGCUGUAGAAGCAGCUGUCGAAGCAGAAGCCCCAGCUGUUGAUGCCCCAGUUGUUGAAGCUGCUGCUGUUGCGGAAGUUGUCGUGGAGGCUGUUGAAGCGGAAGCCGAAGCUACCCCAGCUGUUGAAGCUGCUGCUGUUGAAGCAGAAGCUCCAGCUGUGGCAGAAGUUGUCGUGGAGGCUGUAGCACAGGCAGUGGCCGAAGCUGUGGCAGAAGCUGUCGUGGAAACCCCAGUGGAGGCUGUGGCAGAGGCAUUGGCUGACGCUGUGGCGGAAGCUGUGGAAGUUGAAGCCGCCCCUGUUGCAGAGGACCUGGUGGAGGCAGCUGCCGAUGGUACACCUCUCUCUCACACACACACACACACACACACACACACACCUUGCCCCAUUCUGGUGAACACACACACACACACAUACCAACGCUUCAUGAACCAAUCACAUUCCAGCUCAGACCUCCUGACAUAUACCUGGUUUAGGGUUGACCCCUAG